AUGGCUUCUGUUAUAGAGGAGGAUAUUAAUCUAGAUGAGGUAGUUGAGAACGGCGAAGACGAAGUUGAGGCAGUUGAGGAAGGGGAAACUAAAGAUCCCGCUAAGAAGAAGAAAAAGAAAAAAAAGAAGAAGAAGACAGAAAAUGAUGCUCCUGUAGAGAACAAUUCUGAAGUCACAGAUGCUGCUGAAAAAGUGGAAUCAUUGUCUGUAGACGAAACUCCUGGUGAAGGUGAUGAGAAAAAAAAGAAAAAGAAGAAGAAUAAAAACAAGUCUGGGAAAGGCCCAUCCAAAGAACAAACCAAUCCUCCAACUAUUCCGAUUGCUGAGUUGUACUCUAAUGGAAACUACCCAGAAGGUCAAAUAAUGGAUCACGGCCCAGCUGAGGGUAUUGAUGAAAGGACAGCCAAGGAACGUUUCUCCAGUGAGGAGAAGAGGGCUCUGGAUAGACUACACCAAGACAUCUAUCAAGAAAUAAGACAUGCUGCUGAGGCGCAUAGACAAACGCGAAAAUACAUACGAGACUGGAUAAAACCAGGCAUGACCAUGAUCCAAAUUUGUGAGGAACUGGAAUCAACUGCGAGGCGUUUGAUUGGCGAGGAUGGACUUAAAGCAGGCUUGGCAUUCCCUACGGGAUGCAGUCGCAAUCAUUGCGCAGCGCAUUAUACACCGAACACUGGUGACAAAACAGUCCUGGAAUACGAUGACGUCGUCAAGAUUGAUUUCGGCACUCACAUAAACGGCCGUAUUAUCGAUUGCGCCUUCACAUUAACCUUCAACCCUCGCUACGAUCCUCUUGUUAAGGGCGUGCAAGAAGCUACGGAGGCUGGUAUCAAAGCGUCUGGUGUUGACGUCAGACUUUGUGAUGUCGGUGCCGCUGUUCAAGAAGUAAUGGAGUCACACGAGGUAGAACUAGAUGGUCAAAUAUAUCAAGUAAAACCAAUACGUAAUCUGAAUGGUCAUUCAAUUGGACCAUACAGAAUCCAUGCUGGCAAAACAGUGCCUAUUGUAAAAGGAGGCGAAACAACCAGGAUGGAAGAGAAUGAGUUUUAUGCUAUUGAAACCUUCGGAUCUACGGGCCGCGGUCAAGUUCACGAUGACAUGGAUUGUUCCCACUAUAUGAAAAACUUCGAUCAACAAUUCGUACCGCUCAGACUGCAAUCAUCAAAACAGCUGUUCAAUUUGAUCAACAAGAAUUUCGGAACACUCGCAUUCUGCAAGAGGUGGCUGGAACGAGCUGGAGCGUCGCGCUAUGUUUUGGCCCUUAAGGACUUGUGCGACAAAGGCGUUGUAGAUGCAUAUCCCCCGCUUUGUGACAUCAAGGGUUGUUACACAGCCCAGUUUGAACACACCAUUUUAUUGAGACCCACUUGCAAAGAAGUUAUAUCACGUGGUGACGACUACUAG